CCCGAUCUCGUAGUCACAAUGGUCGUCCGUCUUCGACUAGCCCGGCAUGGAACGCGUAACAACCCCUUUUAUCAUCUGGUAGCCAUCGCAGACCACAAGCCGCGGGACGCCCUUCCCAUUGAGAAGCUCGGGGAGUACGACCCCAUCCCCCGUCCUGCCGCCUUCCGCCCGCCGAAACUCGAUCCAAAUGCUCCUGUCCUCUCCUCAGGACUACCAGGAAGAGCAGCACUAGCUUCUGGAGCAGAUAUGGCAGCGGAAGGGUCGAAGAUGGGAGGCUCGCAGGCUGUCAAGUUGGAGAAGAGGCUAGAGCUGGAUGGGAAUAGAAUCAAGUACUGGCUGUCGGUGGGAGCACAGCCGUCCAAGCCUGUGGCUAAGAUGCUGGACAAGGCUGGUCUGAUCCCAGAGGGCAAAUUCUACAAGGGCAUGUUCAGACAUCCGCUGCUGGAGCCUCACAGCAACCCAUUAUCUCCCAGCGCAUUCAAAGUGAACCAAGAAUUAGAAGCGUGA